CGUAACCUGAACAGCACUAACGUUAAGCCACUUCCCCCAGUAUAUGUAUCCGGUUUAACGUCUGAGCUGCAGCUCUCGUCACUACAGGUAGUACAAGUUGGAACAAUUGUAUUGUAUUGGAAUUUCUCAGUGCGUCACUUUCACAGGUAGAACUACACCGGGCAAGAGACUCUGACUGACGCUGUAGUUAUGCGCCGCCGCCAACAAUGUGGAUUCGCCGUGGUCGUUGUUGUCCUCGUGUUGGGAGUCGUACGGUAUACACAGUCACCAGACAUCGCCAAUGCCGUCUCCACCAAAAACCGGCAUCUAACCGGAUCUAAUGUCUUAGGUUCUCGCAAGGAAAAACUCCAAGAACAUUCAAAGAAGCCACAGAUCAAAACAGACGGUGCUACAGUCCACUCAAGAACAACAGUUAUCCUAAACAAAUAUGCACACAAAGACAAUGUGCUUAGUGAGGAACAAUUAUAUUUUGUCAAGCGCCAAAAACGAAUAACCCCUCUUGACUUCAAUUUUACCAUAACUGGAUCGCCGGUUUGCCACAGCAAGAACUACCCUUUGCUACUAGUGCUGGUAAUGACAAUGCACGACCAUGUUGAAGAAAGGAAGGCAAUUCGUGAAACUUGGGGCAGUGUUGUUAAGACCAAGAAGUGGGGAGAAGCGAAUGUUCACGAAGACACUUUGAUAGUGUUCUUGUUGGGAAAACCAGAUAACAAUUCAAAAUCCGAUCUCGCUCGUGAGGAAAAUGAGGUAUACCACGAUAUUGUCGAAGCAAAUUUUAAAGAAUCCUAUUAUAAUCUAACAUAUAAAGUUUUGAUGGGAUAUAAAUGGGCAAAGCAGUUCUGUCCUGCAGCAAAAUACAUCCUAAAGGUAGACGAGGACACAUUUAUCAAUAUGGCCUCACUCGUGAAAAUUCUAGGAACAUUAGAUUUGAGAAAUACUGUCCUUGGACCGUAUUUUGAAACAGCAGGCGUUGAAAGAGGUGGAAAGCACCAGUUGGGCAAGGCGAGUUAUCCUUUCAGAGCUUAUCCUCCUCAUGUGAAGGGGAACUUCUAUGUAAUGCCGUCGGACCUAGCGUUCAGGGUUCUGGAGGCAGCGGAGUAUAUGCCCUACGUCUGCAUUGAGGACGCCCACAUCACAGGGAUUCUUUUGAAAGUCAUUGGGGGCAAACAUAUAGGCGUUUCCCCAGCGGCCUAUCUCCCUAAGGGACCUUCAAAUCAAAUAUGUGAUUUUAAAAAAACCAUUCAAACUUGCAUCGCAAAAGGUGACUCCAAAUAUGGCGAAAGAAAUUUGGAAGAUUAUAUUAGGACAGAGGAAGUGUUCAUGAAAAUAUAUGCUUCUAACUUUUCUGCAGAGCGAUGUCAAGUGACAAAUACAUUAAAUUUAAUUCCCUUGCCUUUGCAUGUAUUUGUGCUGGGUGGAACAGGACAUUCGUACCCUUUUUGCAAAAAACAUAAUGUCUAUCGUUAGAUUAUAUUAUGUAUUAUGCUUUUUACAUCUUGUUUAAUUUAUUUUGUAAGAUAUACGACAUACUUAUUCCCUAACCUUGAGAUGUAUAUUUACCUGACCGGGGCAGAUACUCAGUAAUAUCUCGUUUACAUUUUCUAAUUCACGAUAUGGCUGAAACAUAUAUUGCCCUUGUGACGUUAAUUUUAACUCACUCACUCACUCACUAUCAUAUUGUUAUGGGUGAUGAAACAUAUUUUGCAAAUAUAAUGUACAAUUUUAGAUGAGUAUACUUGGUGUAAUUAGAUUUAGUUUGGGGUGAGGGGCCUUUGCUUGAGGGAGAAAUUGUUAUGUAACUAGUGGUACAGCUUGGGGUUUGAUGAAUUAAUUGAAUGUGGCCAGCUCGGUGAGUCUGAUCUAGCUGGGACGUUUCUUGAGGACUGGACUUUUGCCAGUUGUUUUCUACCCAUGAUGUGAAUGUUCAGCUGUAAAUUCACAAACUUGCACCCAUUUCGGGACUGUGACAAAUAUAGAAAAUGAGAAACUAGGAAAUCAUGGUGUACACAGUUUUGGAAGGAUUUUAAAAUGAGGUGACUAUGCCAUAUUACUUUGCCCAUAAUAUUAUUGCUAAGACAAUGUCCUCUUCACUUACCACACUUGUAAAUCGGUAUCUUGUAUCAGCCUUCUGUUAGGAUAGUGUUAAUAAAACUUCCUGAAUUA